AAAAGCCGCAACCAUAUUUCCAUUUUUAUGUAGCUGGUUUGUGGCCGUGUUCCUACAGGAUAUAAGGCUGUAUUGCAAUGGCUCGUUCACAAGCCCAGGACGUCAUUCGAUGUCAAUACUGCGAGGACGAGCCCGCUGUCUUCCACUGUGUUCCGUGUGGAGAUGAACUCUGUCCUCGAUGUAAAGUCUUCCAUCUUAAAAGUAAAGUUGCCUCCGGGCACAACAUUGUCCGUCUGUCUGAGAGACUUCAUCCCACAAAUCAGAUCAAAAUGUGUGAGGUUCACUCAUCUAAAGCCUACGAGGCUUGCUGUGAAGAUUGUCAAGUCCCUGUGUGUAUAACGUGCAUUCAGGAAGUGCACGGAAAACACGCCAUCGGGAAGAUACAAGAUCUAUUCGAAAAACAGAAGACUAAAACCGAAAACGAAUUGUCUAAAAUGAAGACACAAUAUAAGUCUAAAAUUAUUCAAAGAAUAAAAGAUUUCAAAAAUGGAGAAAGCGAAAUAAAGACCAGUCAUAAAGAUAUAAGACAAACAAUGAAGAAGCAAGCUCAGGAUUUUAUAGAUCAUAUCAGAGCAAUUUUGAAGGAAUCCUUGGAUGAAUCAUCGAAAAACGAGACUGAAAAAUUAAUAGAAAUAUCUCAAUAUACAGCAGAGGCUGAGAGAUUUGAACAAAACUUGGAUCAACUGAUUGAGAAAUUUGAAACUCUUACAGAAUCCAGUCAUCCCGCCGACCUUAUAUUGUACCGAAAGAGAAAUCAUGACAUAUUUAAGAGAUUAAAAUUUCCAGAAAAAAUUAAUCUUACUAUGCCUUCAUUUAAAAUCGGCCAGCUCAGCAAAUCUCAAAAUGAACACCAAUUUGGGAAAUUCACCAGUGGUCACAUAAGCUCUCUUAAAUCAAGCGAUGGUAGCUUACAAGUUAAAGAUCUGUCUGGGUCUGCAAGCGUAAAACCGUCUACCAAAAAAGAAUUGAGACGUUCUGUAAAAUUAAGCGUAAUAAAAACCCAAAUUAGAGAGUUAUAUCAUGUGAGUUGUCGUGAUGAGAGAUCAGCUUACAUCAGUGGUGAUGGUCUUGGAAUACAAUUGAAAGACAAGUCAGGGACAGAGCUGGAUAACAUCAGUACUGACGGCCAACCAUUUGGUCUGGCUGUGAUGCAGGAUGGAAGUCUGAUUUAUUCUGACUACGACAAUAAAGUUAUCUAUAGAGUGUCACCUAAUAAACAGACAACAACACUUAUUAAUACUGAGGAUAGUCCUAGUGGUCUGUGUUGUACCAGAUUAGGUGAUAUCCUGGUCUGUAUGUGCUUGUUUAAUACAGCGAAAGUGGUCAAGUACAGCAGCAGUGGGAGGAAGAUACAGGAAUUUGAGACAGAUCAGAACAGGAGGAGACUCUUUUUUUAUCCAACUUUUGUCUGUGACAAUAUCAACGAGGAUAUCUGUGUUUCCGAUUGGAGUAUGAACAAAAAUGUGGUCGUACUGACUAAGUCUGGAAAUCUUCGGUUUAAGUAUGACGGGAAGGUCCAAGCUGGAAGGUUUAAAUUUGAUCCGUACGGUUUGGCUACUGACAGUCUGGGUCAUAUCCUUAUCGCAAACAACGCCAAUAACGCCAUUCACCUUAUCAGCCAGGACGGGGACUUCCUCUCAUGCAUACUGACAGAGAAUGAUGGGAUAGCACUUCCACACGGAAUUUCUGUGGACACGCACGACAACCUGUGGCUGGUAGAAUAUAAAAACGCCUGUGUUAAAGUGUAUCAGCAUUUGUUUUAA